UCUGUGUUUUUAGUAUGUCCAGUAGGUGGCAUCCUUACAACAAUCUAUUCACAAACAGACAAGGAAUGAUUUUAGUAACAAACUGUCAUAAUCAAAUUCACAACAUGCCAUAUGUGUUUGCACAAGUGCGUUUGUUAGAAAACAUGAGCGUAUUAUUUACCAGAAACAUUUUCGGUUCAAAUUACUAUUUCCUUCCAAAAACUUUAGAUUGUUUGAUGUUCUUUAAUGGUUCUGUGGUUUGAAAAGUGACAUUUUAUAAGGUCAGAUAUAAAGUGCAUUUCCUCAGGUAUCAGGAGGUUUUACAGACAACUUCGUAAUAAUUAUACGAGAGUUACAAUGUUUUAGUUUCAAAUGAAUGAAAUUAAAUGAAAUGAAAUUAUGGGAAAAAAUGCUCUUGUGGCUAGAACUGUCAAAUGUAUAAUCAGUCGUGCCCUUGCAGCAAAUUUGUAGUUACUGUUUUGGCACUUUCAUAACCACUUAAUGCUUAAGAGAUUGAAAUUAAUAGAAAAAAAAUACAGAAGUAGUUCUGGAUGUCAGUUCUGUAUACUUGCGGCUCUCCAAGCGUAGUUAUCUGCAUAAACAGCAUUUUCGGAAGAUAUGAUUAAACCUAAUUAAACAUAUUUUGUUUUCAACGGUACGAAAAAAAAAACAAGAUAUUCAAGUCCAAAAAUCGUGGAUAAUGUGAAAUAAAACAAUCCAUGAAAUGCACAAAUGUGACGUAGCCAAACAUACUGUGAGAACCUGUGUCGAUGACGUUAGUUCAAACUGCCCUCAACCAGACAACACAUCUCUACCUUUCAGUUAAAAUAUUUUAUUAGAAGGAUGACUUUUGCCUGAGCGGGGUUUUAAUGUGGUCACUUGUUUAUUCGACAGUUAUAGCAAAAUUGAUUUUCUGCGCUUAAACUUUACUCGGUGCGUCUUGUCAUCUAAAAUAGGAUCCCAUUUUCCCCCACUUUUGAUUAGCCUCCGCCCAUCUCUCUCUUUCUCUCUCUCUCUCUCUCUCUCUUACACACACACAACUCUUGUCUCUUUUUGUUAAUAAAACUCCCGUGUCUCUCCGGUACCCCCUCUCUCUCUCACUCUCACCGUUCAUUUCGAAGGGCAUAUAGUCUGUUCUCUCCCGUCUUGAACUGAACAAAGGACGACAACUUGAUCCAGAAACAUGUUGUGGAAAUCACGGACCAAGUCAGAACCUUACUGCUUACAGGACCGUGCGGACGGACUGUCCAGCUCUUCUCCGAGCGGGCGACUCUCUCAUCUGUCUUCGCUGAACCAGGCAGCGUAUUCUUCGGCUCCCCCUCUCUGCCACACUCCUGCCUCCGACUUCCAGCCGCCCUACUUUCCACCUCCAUACCCUCAGUCCUCACUGUCUUAUUCCCAGAGUCAAGACACCGGAUACCCGCAUUUACCGGACCCCUAUCCGUCCAUCAACUCCCUCCAUCAGCACCAACAGGCAGCGUGGCACUCUCAGCGCUCUCGUUCAGAGGACGCGGGGCUUCUGUCGCAGUCACACCGCGCUCUGAGCUUAGAUCCGCGGCGGGAGUAUCCGGGCGUUCCGCGGUUGCUCCAUCAUGGACUGGGUGAAGGAGCAGCGGCACUCGGUGAAGGUCCUCUGGGAAUGCACGCGGUUGGUCAUCACGGUCUGGAUGACAUUCAGGGUAUGGAGGAGGCAUCCGCUUUGGGGAUCCUGGACCAUUCUGUUAUCAAGAAAGUUCCAGUCCCAUCAAAGCUAAACGGCUCAAUGGUCUCUGCCUUGUCCCUCACUAAAGAAGGCCUUGGCCUGGGCGGUGUGUCCAACCCCGCAGAGGUUUUCUGUUCUGUCCCAGGACGCUUGUCGCUCCUCAGCUCCACAUCUAAAUAUAAGGUCACAGUUGGAGAGGUGCAGAGACGCCUGGCCCCACCUGAGUGCCUCAACGCCUCGCUGCUUGGAGGAGUCUUGCGCAGAGCCAAGUCAAAAAAUGGAGGCCGCUGUUUACGAGAACGUCUGGAGAAGAUCGGCCUCAACCUUCCUGCUGGUCGGCGAAAGGCAGCCAACGUCACACUCCUCACAGCGCUGGUGGAAGGUGAGGCGGUUCAUCUGGCACGGGACUUUGGGUAUGUGUGUGAGACUGAGUUCCCCGCCCGGGCCACCGCAGAGUAUCUGUGUAGACAAAGUGACCCAGAUCAGCUGCCCACACGACGUAGUAUGCUGCUGGCCACCAAGGAGAUUUGCAAGGAGUUUUUGGACCUGAUGUCGCAGGACAGGUCGCCGUUGGGUGCAAGUCGCCCCACCCCCUGCCUGGAGCCCGGGGUGCAAAGCAACCUGACCCACUUCAGCCUCCUCACCCACGGUUUCGGCACACCCGCCAUUUGUGCCGCCCUGUCAGCCUUCCAGAGUUACUUGCUAGAGGCCCUAAAACUGCUGGAUAAAGGAGAGGGAGGAGGAAAAAUCCACCAUGACAAGGAACUCAAGCACCGCAAAUGAACAAUCUGGAGAGAGACACUACCUCCCUCACUUUUAGGAGCGUAUGAGUGUAUUUAAGUGUACGAAUGUGUGCGUUACCCCACCAUUUUGCGCCUGUACGAACUGGUUGCAUUCAUCUCUGAUGAAAUCCAAGGUCUCCAGAGAAAGCAGAAAUGCCUCCAUACUUCCUGCUGAAUGCGGACCACAAACUCCCUCUGGAUCCCCAUGACUGACUAAUACAGGGCCCUUGUCAGUGUUCUCUGGAGAUCGGGCCCCUAAACCAAUCGAAUGACACAAAAGAUGGCACGGACAAUGAAGGAUGGCAGUGUACAAGUAAUUAGGUAUUGAUAAAUGAAUUUGAAAUAUCAUUUUGUACUCCAUGUUGUAUGUUUAUUAUCAAUAUUACUGUUAUUCUUAUUGCCGUAUUACAAUGUAAAUGUAAUAUAUUAUUAAACCAACAACUGAA